AUGGGUUGGUUUUGGGGUAACUCUUCCGACGACGCUGAUCCGACGAAGAAGUUGGAUCCCAGUCUACGAGGAUACCUCGAGCAAGAGUCUCCGUCCAAAUAUACACCUACAACAGCUGGCGUGCAAGCGCAGGAUCGAACGCCAUCGCAUGAGAAGCCAGCAGAGGAGUCUCCCUCUCCAGAUCGGGCGGCCGAAUCUGCAACCUCCGUCCCCUCCGCGUCGCUUUACCCAGAUGGCCGAUAUGCGCAUCUAUGGAAGGACUACAAGUCUCUCGAGCAGAUCGAAGGGCCUACCACUUCGCCGGCGGAGAAGGUAGUUGAGAAAUUCAAGCAGCGAAAGGGUGUGCUGAACAGGGCGGCCUUGGAGAACUGUGCGGAAGAACAGGAAGUUCUGUCGAUGUGCUAUAAGUCGGGCGACUUUACAGAGAGGAUAAAGGCUAGGAUGACUCUGUGUCAGAAGCAGAAUUAUCAAUUCUCGAGGUGUUAUACCAUGCAAUUGAAAUUCUUGCAAGCCCUAGGUUAUGGCGCUUCGUUCGAGUGGGAUACAGACAAGGAAGAACGAAUCCAGAUGCAUGCGGACAAGCUAUACCAUCGCAUGAUGGACUAUGAACGAAGGGUGGCCGAGGCAGAAGCAGACGGCCGUGAACCUCCUCCCCUGAAAUCCCUCUUCAAAUCAGAGGCAGAGAUGGCAGCAAUGCCAGAUACUAGCCAAUCCAGUGACGAGUUGGUCAUUCCUGGCGGAGAGCAGUUACCGGCUGGAUAUAAGCCUCGUAAGCCGUUAAAAAACAUGACACCACAUGAACGAGAACUGGAAGUGCAGGCUUUGAAACAACAGAUGGCUCAGCGCCAUGUCUACCUGGAGGAGGUAUCUCCAGUACUGAGAGCUGAGCACGAAGCAAAGGCUAAGCGGAGGGAGAAAUUCACUAGCUGGUUUGGAGAGACGAUUGGAAGCUGGCUUGCAUGA